AGCAACUUCAAAUGCCAAACAUGCACAUGCCACUUGAAAUCUCCGGGCUGCUGGUAGUAGGAUACUAGUUGUGACGGUGAUGGUGAGAGCCCUUGCUUGCCAGGGGCCGUGCUACCUAUGCAAGCAACACUGGCACUGCACUUCUGUGUUGUCCAGAAAUAAACCAAGAGGGUCCGAGCCUUGUCGGCUCAGGCACUUCCAGCGACAGGGGCAAAGAUCCCAGCAAUCUCAGGCGCAGUCACGUGAGCUCCCCAUCCCCCGUUCCCUCAAGCGCCAAGAUUUUCACACACUGCGAUGUGCCUGCGCCGACAAUUUCUCAGACUUCCAAGACUCAACUUGAGACUGCCCAUCCACCCUCCAUCCACCACCCUCAGCAGCUCAAUUCCGCCGGAGCGCAUUAUCCCAGUCAAUUCUACUACAUCAAGUAGAGCGCAACGAUGGCACCAAAGAAGGCCAGAAAGACUACGGACAGCAUCAACUCGCGCCUGGCGCUUGUGAUGAAGUCUGGUAAAGUCACUCUCGGCUACAAGUCAACCCUGAAGUGCCUCCGAUCUGGCAAGGCCAAGUUGGUCAUCAUUGCCGGCAACACCCCUCCUCUGCGCAAGAGUGAGUUGGAAUACUACUCCAUGCUGUCCAAGACGAACGUGCACCAUUUCGCCGGAAACAACAUUGAAUUGGGAACUGCUUGCGGAAAGCUCUACCGAUGCUCGACCAUGGCCGUGCUUGAUGCUGGUGACUCCGAUAUCUUGGGAGCCGCCUCGUAAGCUGAAAAUAUGUCACCAAUGCAAAUGAAAUGAUUGUGCUCCAAUUGAUACCCGGGAUCAUGCACUUCAGACGGCGGGAGGAUGAGCUGCAAGCCAGAAAUUCAUCCGUUCAGCGAGCCGGAAGCGGCUGUUAGCAUAUGUGUAUUGCGCGUCGAGCUACCUCCGUGCCUCUAGAUCACACAGAGUCAAUCAAAAUGCUAAUUGACCCGUCAAGUCUGCUUCCCA